AUGGCAAAACUGAACCCUUCCUCUAUUCUUCAUGUUGCACAGACGCGGCACUACUGUGCCAUUAAUGUCACGGUACCGGUGCUGCAACGGUACUAUGGAGGGGAGGACACCCGCCCGGACUUCAGGCUGGGCACAGACGCCAUGCAGCACCUGAUGGUGGUCCUGAAGACUGACAGGCAGCACGGGUGGGGGCCGACCCUGGAGACACUCGUGUUCCUGUUCUGGCUGGCCACCGGUUCAGCCUACCGAGUUGUCUCCAGGGUCUUCUGUAUGCCUCUACCUACGGUGCACAGGGUGGUCCACAGGAUGGUGGAUGAGGUCGUAGCUGUGCUCCCUCAGUUCGUCAACUUCCCCCGCACACAGGAGGAGCUCCAGGUGGUCAACUUCCCCUGCACACAGGAGGAGCUCCAGGUGGUCAACUUCCCCUGCACACAGGAGGAGCUCCAGGUGGUCAACUUCCCCCGCACACAGGAGGAGCUCCAGGUGGUCAACUUCCCCUGCACACAGGAGGAGCUCCAGGUGGUCAACUUCCCCCGCACACAGGAGGAGCUCCAGGUGGUCAACUUCCCCUGCACACAGGAGGAGCUCCAGGUGGUCGGGGAUGGCUUUGCCCGGCUGGCUCAUCACCGGGCAUUUGAGAAGGCAGCAGGGGCAGUGGAUGGUUGCCACAUCCGUAUUAAAUGUCCUGGCGGCCCUGAUGGUCACGACUACAACAACAGGAAACUCUUCCCCUCUGUGGUGCUCCAGGCAGUCUGUGACCAUCAUUGUGGGUUACCCAGGUGGUGACGGCGUGUGUAAUUUUACACAACAUUUGUGUUGGUGUUGGGGAUGAGCUGGAAGAGGCUGUGGAGGACAAUGACAACCAGCUACCUCUGGAGCGCGAUGGUGGGGAGAGCCGGAGUGGAGCUGCUUGGCGAGCCGCGCUGACCAACGAGGUGUCUGCAUUUCAUGAGGCACCUCUGGAUCUCGAAUA